AUGGCGGAAGAAACGCAAUAUCGUGGUGUCGUUGAUGUAUUCAAGUGGUGGCUGUUCAUGGCGACCGACAUUAUUGGCGAAUUGAGCUUUGGGGAGUCAUUCAGGAUGCUCGAAGCUGGCGAAGUAAGCAAUCUACUGGAUUACGAACCCGACAUCAAUAUUAACAUUGUAAUGCAGAAAACCCAAUAUUCUUUAGAUCUGGAGCAAGUCUCAGCCCUGCAACCGAUUCGAACAACAUUCCCCACCCUGGUCAACCUCGGGAAAUACCUACCUUUGCCUGUUUUCAAGCGCACUAUGGCAUGUGGGAAACGAAUGGGCAUGUAUGCAAGCCAAUCCAUCGACCGAUACCAGAGAAUCAUGGCCGAAAACCCUUCGGACCCAAAGAAGACACUCUUUACCAAGUUAUUCGAUACCGAGAAAGGCGGCUUGCCACUUAACGAGAUCAAAAAAGAAGCUCAAGGAUACAUUGUUGCAGGAAGUGAUACCACUGCUGUCACUUUAACCUACCUUGUCUACGCCGUUUGUGGAAACAGCCGAGUUCGGGACAAGCUGGUCGCUGAGGUGGCAGCCUUGUCUGAGCCGAUUCACGAUAAUGACCUUAGGAAUUUGCCCUAUCUGAACAUGGUUAUUAGCGAGACACUGCGCUUGCAUACUGCUGUUCCUUUUGGUUUGCCUCGGGCUGUGCCAUCAGAAGGUGCCAAUUUCAACGGAUACUUCCUCCCAAGUGGAGCGACCGUGUCUACACAGUCUUACAGUCUACAUCGGGAUCCUAUAAUUUUUCCCGACCCCUAUAAUUUCAAUCCCGAGAGAUGGGAGAACCCAACCAAGGAAAUGAAGGAUAUUUACAUACCGUUUGGCGGUGGGUCACGCAUCUGUAUUGGAUUGCAUCUGGCUCGCAUGGAGCUUCGUUUGGGAACAACCAUGUUUUUCCGAAAAUUCCCAAAUGCUCGACGUUCCAACAAAGAGGGAAUGUCCGAGAAGGACAUGGUAAUGCGGUCUUUCUUUUUGAUGGCACCAGAGGGACAUCGUUGUCUGAUCGAGACUUGA